UAUGUCACUGGCCGGUGUCAUGUCGAGAAAUGUGCUUCAAGAAGAAAACUAGAAUUCCUGUAUCAAGUUAUGAUUCGAUAUAUGAAACCGAGCGGCACUGUACGGAUGCUAUAUUUCUUGUUCUUAUGUCGAUUUUCGUUAUUGGGUUGUUUAUUCUAGCAACACUAUGCUUCCCUCGAUCAGAUAUUUAUCGCAUCAUCAACGGGUAUGACGAUUGUGGAAAUGUUUGCGGUCGUGAAAACGUGCGAAAUAUCAAUCUACUUUGUUCUGGUCAAAACAUGAUCUCGAAGAAAUAUCUCUUGUUGAAUGUCAUUAACUCCGUAACUGAACCUUCUCGGAAAUGUGUGUCCGAUUGCGACGCUGAUGGUGGAUACAAGCUUUUCUUCAACCGCUGCAUACGAUUCGAUCCCCUUUUGCGAGAACGUGCUCCCCAAGGCUUCCUGGACGAACUGUGGCAAGACGUGGAGUCCUUCAGCACCAACGUUCUGUGGUUGUGCCUGUUGGGAUUCUUCAAUUCACUUGUAGUACUGGCCCUGCUAUGGUACAUUCCUCGGGCUCUCAUUUGGACGUUGGUGUUCGGAACGAUAGUGGUAUGUGUGGCCGGAACUGGUUGGUUCUGGAUCAAGUGGCACCUGGAAGAUGGUGAGAGCCGAUGGUUAUACUUUGCGCUGGGAUCGACUUUGAUGUGCGUCUUGGUCGGUAUAUUCCUGGCUGCUGUUUGGAAGAAGGUUACCCUGAUGGUACAACUAUUGCAUGAAUCCGGUCUGGCGCUGAAGAGUAUGGUGUUGCUGGUUUUUCUACCAGUAUUGACCAUUUUCAUUAUGAUUGCAAUGCUUGGUGUGAGUGUAUAUUUAGGGCUGAUGAUCGAGAGUUGCGGAAAGGCGACCAUGGUUGGCUCGAGCGUACACUACGUAAAGGACUCCAUCAUCGUACUCGCAAGGUGGUACAACUUCUUGGCCUUGAUUUGGUUCUAUCAUUUCCUGUUGGGCUGCCAGCACGUGAUGACCGCAGGUGCAAUUACCCAGUGGUACUUCACUAGAGAGGAUGAUCGACUUCAGAACGUGCAAGGAAGAAGCUUCACCAUGCUGGUUCGAUACCAUCUUGGCACGGUUGCUUUGGGGUCUUUUUUGUUGGCGAUCCUACUGUUGUUUCAAUGGUUGUUGAAGAUACUACGUCUUAUGACAAGAAAAUCCAGAGCUAAUCGCACUAGGUGUUGCUGCGUCUAUUGCUGCCAGUGCUGCGUGGGAUGUCUCCAAUCUCUACUAGAUCCUGUUUCGAGGAAAGCUUACAUUGUUACCGCACUCCACGGUCAACCGUUCUUCACAGCUGGGAAAAAAGUGAUCAAAAUAUACGGCGAGAAUUCUGGUCAAAUGCUUGCCAUUGACGUCAUUGGAAGUAUCAUUUUUAUACUAUCCCAGCUAUCGGUUCUGGUUCUGGUUGGAUUCAUUGGAGUGAAAAUGAUUCAAACUCAUGGCGAACUCUAUCAUCCCUACGCUCUGUUGGCAAUUGUUCUAAUGGUCGUUUAUCUGAUCACGCAUUGUUGCAUGCUGAUGUACAAGAUAGUGAUCGACGGUGUAUAUAUUUGCUUUUGCAUUGAUACAGAAAUGAACAAUGGCGUUGACCGGCCUUAUUUCAUGUCACCAGAGUUGCAAAAGUUUAUCCAGGGCAUAUCCAAGACCGUUCGCACAUCAUCAAGACAGCGGGAGCAACAGGUUUGAAACGAGACUAAAUCAUGAUAUGAAAAAAAUAUUCAGUGAUACAUACUACAUUGUAAUACAAUGCUAUCCAAUCCAA